CGAGAUACGGGCACACUGUUUUCAACUAUUUGGGCAACUGGAGCGCAAGACUUGCGGAAAAAGGGAAAAAGGGGAUAGCGUGGAUUACCUUUAAAAACACAACAUGUCGAAAGCAGGUGAAGGGCUGCCCGCAGAGGAGGGAGCGGUGGUUGCUGGGAACGGGAACGCUGAGCUGGCCAACAAAAAUGCGGGCGGCGCUGAAGGUCAGCAGCAGCCCCCUCAAAAUCAGCCCACCCGCAUGGAGUCAUUCUUUGCGAUGACUAAGUCCCUGAUCCUGCGCGCUCUGAUCAUCUACUUCGUGAGUUCUUUCUUCCGGCGUCCUGCUCCUGAUGCCACCUCACAGGACAAAAGCGUGACCAAUGCCGGUCCCAAAAUUACGGCGUGGAAUUACUUCGAGAAUGGAACGAACUUUGACCUGCACGUGUGGUUAUCGGAACAUCCAGAUGUAGUUAACUUUCAGCAGAAGGCGAAUCUUCUUUGGCUUCAGGAGGACCUUACUUAUGGAGAUUGGAUCUCAGGCGCCAACGGCGAUGGCAUCUAUACACACAGUCUAAAACUAAAGACAAGUCAGCAUCUAAUGAACAACGGUAGUGUUUACCUGCAUGCAUUCGUGACGCGUUCUGGAAAGAGUCCCGAUCCCAAAUCCCCACACUAUGCGACCAACGGGCAUAUGGGCCACCAGCACCAUCAGCUGAACAAGUUUAAGAAGCUGCGCGUCAACCGAAACUAUAAUCUCCUGGCUAGCGAAAAAGAGAAACUAGAACACGAGCUGAAGCACGCUAAUCUUAAGGACACUAUUGUCUCCCACUGGCAUCCCAAUCUCACCGUUAACUUGGUGGUGGACCAAACAAACUGGGCCCAAGGAUCGGUGCCGCCGCCACUCGACGAGUACGUGAAGUUCGUUGAUGGAGGAAAGACUUAUCUGCCCAUUGUUUUCGUUAACGAUUACUGGAACCUGCAGCGAGAGUACCAACCCAUCAAUGAAACUACUCCCGAACUUGAGCUUCACCUAACGUUCCAACCGCUUGGCAUGUUUAAAUGGCAGUUGUAUGCCGCCAAGCAGAUGAAAAACAAAUGGGCCGGCAACAUGCUCGGUGAGCUGAUGGCCGCCAGCCAGCCGGAGGAGAGCGAUGAGGACCAGGACUCUUUGAAGGAAACGCUAUUAGACACGAACAUAUAUUUGCUUGGUAUAACGGUGGCCGUGUCUAUCCUGCACUCGGUGUUCGAGCUGCUGGCCUUCAAAAACGACAUCCAGUUUUGGAAUAACCGCAAGUCAUUAGAAGGACUGUCCGUACGGUCCGUGUUCUUUGGGGUCUUCCAGUCCCUUAUCAUUCUGCUGUACGUACUGGACAACGAGACGAAUUUCAUGAUUCGCAUAUCCUGCUUCGUGGGCCUAGGCAUCGAGGUGUGGAAGAUUCACAAGGUGGUGGACGUAAAUUAUGACCAUGGCCAGAAGCUGCUAGGCGUGUUCCCGCGAAUAAGCUUUCAAGACAAGGGCUCCUACUCAGAGAGCUCCACCAAAGACUACGACAAAUUGGCCUUUAAGUACCUGGGCUGGGCCUGCUUCCCGCUGCUAGUGGCUUACUUUGUCUACUCCCUCAUCUACAACGAGCAUAAGGGCUGGUACUCGUUUGUGCUUAAUAUGCUUUACGGCUACCUGUUGACAUUUGGCUUUAUCCUAAUGACACCGCAGCUGUUCAUCAACUACAAACUUAAAUCGGUGGCCCACAUGCCGUGGCGCAUGAUGACCUACAAGUUCCUCAAUACCUUCAUUGACGACAUCUUUGCGUUCGUCAUAAAGAUGCCCACCAUGUACCGGCUGGGGUGCUUCCGCGACGACAUUAUCUUUUUUGUGUUUCUGUACCAGCGCUGGCAGUACCGCGUUGAUCUCAAGCGAGUGAAUGAGUUCGGUUUCUCUGGCGAGAUGGAGCAGCUGCAAGCCACCAAGAAGCUAGAGGGACAAACUCCCAACGGAGCUAUCGAGGCUCCUGCAUCGGUACCUGCCUCUAACACGUCAACGAACAAAAAGACAGCCGCACAAAAAAAGCAGGACUAGAAGGAGUAUCACUAUUAGCCACAUUAUGCAAUAGCAUUAGAAGACUCGUUAGGGGAAGACGCAAUACCCAUAUACUCCACUCCCAAUAUGUAUGUAAUCACUCUCCAGUAUACAUAGUCAAGUAACCCGCUUGCAUCAUUCUUAGGGCUAAUUGUAUGUACGCAUGUUUGUGUUUUUGUUUUUUCCGUUCCUUCGCGCUUUUUACAGCAGCGCUGAAAGAUCAAAUAAAUUAAGUGUGAGAUGA